GCUUUUAAUAAGAAAUCAUAAAGUUAAAUUAAUUAUACUAGAAAAUGGCAAAUAUGUCUCAUGCUGGUAAGUAUACUAUCGAAUGGACAAUAUUUGUCUACUGGCUAAUCAAUGGUGUAUUUAUGCUCCGGAAGUCAAUUAGCUCGGUGAAAAAUUAUCCAUUUGCUGAAUCAUGCUCAUUUUUGAACUCUAGAAGUUGAUAAUAUACAGCCCGAGUUUGAGGGUGCUGUAAAAGAUGAAAAGAAAGCGAAGCCAACUGGUGGCCAAAAUGGAGUCUUUUUCACAAUGCUUACUCUUGUAAGUAUGAGAAUAGGAGGAGGCCUAGUAGGUGUCCCUUAUGCUACAGACAUUCUGGGAUACGUGUUUGCACUGUGCUUCCAGAUUAUAUACCUUCCUUUGGCUAUGAUAUCAUGUUGGAUGCUGCUGAAGACUAGGGAGAUAAGUGGAAGAUCCUCCCUCUCUGACAUUGGUAUCUAUUGUUAUGGAAACAUUAGUAUCUAUGUCAUAAACUUUAUUAUUGCUCUUGCUCAACUGGGCUUUCCCAUCAUAUUUUUCAUUGUUUUCGGUGAUGUAUUUGGAAAUCUCAUCGAAAGAAUGGGUGCUGAUAAAGAUUCUUUCUGGACCUCAAGAUGGUUCACACAAACUUUCCUAGGCCUGGCUCUAUUAUACUUCUGCAUUCAGAAAGAUAUUAGCAAGCUUAAAUAUAAUGGGUUUGUCAUCCUUUUCUUGUGUUUUGGAUUCUUGAUAUUAUUCUUCUUACACUACCUGACUGCAGACAUGGACCCAGAACCAAAAGCUGAUUUGCUUGAUACCAAAAUCGAUAUCAAAUUCUUUACAGGUUUCACUACAUUGUUAACCUCAUAUGCUUUUCAGAGCUCAUUGUUUACAGUUUUCGCUUUCAUGAAAAAUAAGACCACUGCAAAUGGUAUGAAAGCUGAUGGCUUUGGGCGAAUCAUAAUUUUCAUAGUUUAUACAAUCGCUCCCCUCAUUGCAUAUGGGCUCUAUGGAGAUAAUAUCGAAAAGAAUUUGCUCAAAAGUGUAGCAAAUGAAACAAAAACUUAUGCAAUUCUCCUAGAAGUCGUAUUCAUCUUCGUUCCCUGCAUGGCUAUUCCUAACAUUUUCUUUGUUGGCAAGGAAUGAGUUCUUAUCAUUUUUGAUGAAAUUACCAGAAAAAGCUACUCGGCUCAGAACAAAGCAACCAAGACUGUCCCUGAGCAAGAAAAAGACAAUAGUGAGGCUGAACUAGCAGAUAGGAGAGUUUCUACACCAGAAAAUCCAAGUGAAAAGGACGAUAUAGAGAAUCAAUCAGAUGACGUUAGAAACUCAAAUCAACUUAAAAAUCAUCAUUCAGGGGAUAAUUCAGGGGAUAAUUCAGAAGAAGAGAAAAAUUCAAAUUUACAUGAUGAACAUAAGGAAGCUAAUGAAACUAGGAAGUAUAUUGUUUCUGACAAGAGCGAAGAAAAUGGUGAGGGUGGCCAGCCUCAAGAAGUUCAGGCAGAGGCCCAACCAAAAUGCGAGACUCACAAAUUUAAUCCCAAGGAAUAUUUGAACAUGAAAAGUGUCCACUAUUAUAUCGUGACUCUGAGCUGCUACUUUAUCGUAGUAUUGCUUUCGAUUGUAGUAGGAGAUGUGUCGAUAUUCUUCGGAUUCAUAGGAGCAACCGCAGGAACUUUUGCUGUUUUCAUAGCACCUGGCUCUUUCUAUGUAAUCACGGUGAAAAAGAAAAAUAUCCAACUUCAGAGCUCCUGGGAGAAGGUAGCUUAUGUUAUGGCAUGGAUUUACGCAAUUGCAGGAUCAGUCGGUCUUGUUGGAUUAAAUCUAUGCGUUGUCCUAAAUUUGGUCCUCUAAUAUCAAUUUAUUAAGAGACCGCCCAACCAUAUAAUCAUCAUAUUUCCUCA